GUUGGAUUGUUUUCUUUCAACAUUUUUAUUCUGCCUUUAUUAUUAUUAUUAUACAUAAGUAAUAAUUGCUUUUACUUUAUUAUAUUCGAAUCGCCAAGAAAAGAGGACUACAACACACGCAGCAGCCAUGGCGACGAGUCUCCUCAGAAUGAAAUCGAGUAUCUUUAACCCGCUUCUAACUCGUUUUCUGAGCACACCACGAAGAUCCAUAGGAACCCUAGCCUUCGACGAGGUCCGAGUUUCAACAGACCAACCCUACCACCGUACUGCUCUGAUUAUCCAUGGCCUUUUGGGAUCUGGCCGAAAUUGGAGAACUUUCUCUCGUAAUCUCCUCUCCACAAUCUCCAAUCCAUCUGCAUGGAGAGCGGUGCUUGUGGAUUUAAGGAACCAUGGGAGAUCAACCGAGGUCGAAGGCCUGGACCCGCCUCAUGAUUUGACUAAUGCAGCUAAGGACUUAGCUGAUUUAGUAGAGUCUCAAGGUUGGGCAUGGCCGGAUGUUGUUGUAGGCCAUUCUAUGGGGGGUAAGGUUGCUUUGCAGUAUGUGGAGAGCUGUGCUCGUGGAGACUAUGGCGAAUCUGCUGUGUUGCCUAAACAGCUGUGGGUACUUGAUUCCUUUCUAGGAGUAAAAGAACCUGAAGAUGAAGAAGAAGUAGAAAAUGUUUUGAAGACCUUGCGGAGUAUACCUCCAACAGUUUCAUCACGAAAGUGGCUUGUAAAUCAUCUUAUUGGACUUGGGUUCUCAAAGUCAUUAUCAGAAUGGAUAGGUUCCAACCUCAAGAAAUCUGGAGAUCACAUGACUUGGGCAUUUAAUCUUGAUGGCGCAGCUGGGAUGCUGCAGUCUUACAGGGAGAAGUCAUAUUGGCCUCUGUUAGAGCACCCUCCAAAAGGUAUGCAGAUAGAUAUUGUGCGUGCUGAGGAAAGUGAUCGCUGGGACCAGGAUACCAUUCAGCGGCUCGAAACCCUUUCAUCUCUAGAAAGAGGUCCAUCUGAGGGAAAGGUCACAGCUCAUCUACUUCCAAGGUCAGGUCACUGGGUUCAUGUGGACAAUCCCAAGGGACUUCUUGAGAUUAUGGCACCCAAAAUUGAUGCUAUAUGAAAUUUCUCUGGUUCGAUUUUCUACUUCAUAUUCCUGGUAUAUUACAAUACAGAAACAUAAUUUGAGUGAAUAUGGAUCUAUAAGAUCUGAUUUGUUCUCACUCUGAUUCAAUUUAUGUGGCAAAACUAUGAAAUAAGACCCUGGUUUGAUGCCUUGGUAGUAAUAUUUUA